ACGGCGGCGGGAGAAGAUGGCCAUGCAGACGGAGUGGCUGGUGCCUCUGGCUCAGCCCCGGCAGAAGAAGCGGCGCUGUGAGCUCUGCCUCGGUCCCGCCACCGUCCGCUGCGCCGCCUGCUUGGUGACCUACUACUGUGACGUGGACCACCAGAACGCCGACUGGGUCAGCGUCCACACCAAGAUCUGCCAGCUGCUCAUCCCGCUGCGGGCGGCUCCCCCCUUCUACACCUCGGAGAAGGAGCGGAAACUCGGGGAGGAGCAGAGGCGGAACCGAGAGAUAUUCCUGGCUGAAGUGACUUACGAGACGGCCCAGAAUUUUCUCAUCAGGGGCCACUACGAAGAUGCCAUCCCAGCCGCCCUGCACUCCCUGAAAUUCAGCCUCAGCAUCUAUGGCCCCAGUGCGGUGGAGCUGGUUCCCGCCUACAUCAUCUUAGCCGAGACCAGCUUGGGCCUGGGUCACUUGUCGCAAGGUGAAGAGUACCUCUCCCAGGGCCAGUGGAUCGUCCUCAAGAACACCCACUGCAGCUACGCCGUUCAGUCCAAGCUGUAUCGCAACCUCGGGCUCCUGCACGCCGCCAAAGGGAACUUCGAUGAGUCUUUGUACCACCUGGCCAAUGAUGUAUAUUUUGCGUGUUGUGCUUUUGGGACAACGAGCAACGUGGCCGUCUCCGGAGGCUACUUCCACAUGGCCAACGUGUUCUCCCACCAGAAUAAGAUGGACGUUGUGGAUUCCUUGUAUUGUGAGGUGGUCGAUCUCUGGUACGAUCACUUCAGCCACUUCGUUGAAAUCCAGUACCAAAAACUGAUCACUCCCGCAGAGGUGGACCUUCUGUCUGUAGAAGACGGGAUAGAAGAGGACGUACUGGAUGAGAAGCAGCAGGCCGAAGCGAUGCAGAUGCUGAACUCCAUCUUGCAUUUCCGAGAAGCGUCUCUCAGGCCGCAGCUAGAGAAGGAGGCCAAACUGCUGCACGCAUUGGCCAUGUUUCAUUUCUUGGUCCACAAUCUGGCAAAGGCGGACGAAUUUGUGAUGAGAUUUCUACAAACCACACAGUCACUGCCCAAACGCGACCCGAACGAAUCGCUCUACCACCUGGUCAAACUGAUCAAGUCCAAGGAAGAGCAGGCCAAGUAGCUCUUCCCGGCUCCCUCAAGGGUGCUUGAGUAAAAAAAUGGAGCCGAGAGAAACAAUGAUAGAAACGGAGCCCUGUGGAGGAGAGUCGAAGCCGCCUUGGGAAGAGGAGAAUCGGGGGCGGGGGGGGGGGGGGAGACGGAAGCCAUUUCUGGAGAGAGCCCCAUUGCUAUUAUUAUCCCAGUGGCAGGACUUUUUCACAUUUAUUUUGGUUUGAGGCCGGGAUGAGUCCCCAGAGAGCAGCCAAAGGCGUGGAUGGACCCAUCUAGGAGGCUGUUUCGCACCCUGUGGGGAGGGGGCUGUACACAUGCACCAUCCAAAGACACCCCCCCCCCCAUGGACUUAUUUGGCUGCAGGAGGUGCCUGCUACUUCUGAUUAUUC